AAAAUACAUAUUUUAAUCUAUUUUUCAUGUGUUGGAUAUGGUGGAAAAUUUAUGGAAUUUGGGGAUAGUCGUCACUCCUCAUAUCAUACACUGUGGAUCGAAGUCUUUGAAGCUCCACUCCACAUAUGCGUGUUUAUCAAAGCAAAAUAGAAAGGGAAAGAAGCAAGGGAAAAGCGAAUUGCGAGAUCAGCUGAUAUCACGUUGACUACAAACCAAAACGCGACACAGUAGGCAGCUCUCGGAAUCAGUUUCGUUUCCAACUGCAUUUUGCCGGAUUCACUUUCACUCCAACUGUGGUGAUAAUUCCGGCGACGCUUUUCUUUUAGAGAGACAAACUGCAGAAAUGAAGCGACUGCGCUCCGAUUUCUCUCAUCUCUUCUUCGUUUUCGGAUUUUUUAUGCUUUUCUCGAAUGUCUGCUCCGAUCUCGUCAUUUCCAAACUGGAUCGCCAGAUUGAUGUAUCAUCACAGAUAGUUCGGUUCACUACAUCACUGAAGGUAGAAAAUAAUGGCGCUGCAGCAGUAUCAAAGGUUUUGUUGCCCUACCAUGAAAAUCAAGCAAAGAACUUGGCUUUUUUGUCGGUGAAGAUUACUGAAGGGAAAGGAAAAACAAAAACUUCUUCUGACCGACUGCCUGUUGAUGUCAUACAUCCUGAAGGGAUGCCUCCAGCAUUGACUUGGUAUGCCGUCUCUUUGCCUAAGGAACUGGGUAAAGGAGGAAGCUUGACUUUGGAGGUCAAAGCUGUGUUUACUCAUUUACUGACGCCAUUCCCCGAGAAGAUAACUCAGGCUGAUGCUCAGCUGGUUGCCUUCCAAGAUGGUGCACAUUAUCUUUCCCCCUAUACAGUCAAGAUUCAGUCACUCACUGUUAAAUUACCUGAGCCGAAAGUUGAAUCUUAUACAAGAUUGGAGAAUACCAAGUUUUCCGGUUCAGAAAUAAAAUACGGUCCUUAUGAGAACAUUCCUCCUUUCUCACACCCAACAAUUGUAGUUCACUUUGUGAGCAACAAACCAUUUUCUGUUGCUCAAGAGUUGGUGCGUGAGAUAGAGAUUUCCCAUUGGGGAAAUGUGCAAGUCACAGAAAACUACAAUCUCGUUCAUGCUGGUGCUGAGCUCACAGGAGAGUUCUCAAGACUGGACUAUCAGGCACGACCCCAUGUUAGAGGGGCAUCAGCACUAAGAAGUCUUGUCGCCAGACUACCACCAAGAGCUCAUUCUAUUUACUACAGGGACGAGAUCGGGAAUAUUUCUACUUCCAAUGUAUGGAGCGAUUCGGCAAAGACGCUUCUUGAAAUUGAGCCUCGGUACCCAAUGUUUGGCGGUUGGAGAACUGCUUUCACAAUUGGAUAUGGGCUGCCACUUCAAGAUUUCUUGUUCAAGUCACAGGGAAAGCGUUUCCUUGAUAUCACGUUUGGUUGCCCAAUGAAUGAUAUUGUCAUUGAAACUCUGUCUGUGAAGGUCGUUUUGCCAGAGGGUUCAAACGAUAUUUCUGUCGUGGCUCCAUUUCCUGUCAAAGAGACUCGAGAGACAAAACUUUCCCACCUGGACAUUGCUGGCAGACCAGUCAUUGUAUUGGAAAAGACAAAUGUUGUCCCUGAACAUAGUCAAAAUUUCCAGGUCUACUACAGAUUCAGCAGUUUCUCUCUCCUUAGAGAGCCACUGAUGCUGGUUUUUGGAUUUUUCCUCUUUUUUGUUGCAUGCAUAGCAUAUGUGCAUGCAGACUUCACAAUUUCCAAGUCUUCACCUUCUUAUAUAGCCAAACUUCAAUGGGACGAGGUCCAAACUGCAAUCCAGCAGUUCCAAAACAUCAUGAACCGUGUAUUGGUUAUUCAUGACAAGCUAGAAGCUUCUCUGCGUGACCUUUCAAGGACAGGUGACGUGCAGGCUUGCAAAGCAUCACGCAAAGCUGCAGAUGGUUUUCUUAAGGAGCUAUCUAAGGAGUUGAAACCCUUGUUGUCGUUCUUGCAAUCUUCUCCACAGGCGCUUCAAAUAAUGCCCAAGGUGGAGGAGCUGGUGAUCAAGGAGAAUGACCUACAAGAAAAGUUGAUGCUGAAACACUCUAUGGUCGUGGAUUCUUACGAGAAGAAAUCCGGGGGUCGCGACAUCGACAAUCGCGUCGCUGCCGUUCAGCAGAAAAUCACACUCUUGAGACAGGAAGUUGAUGAUCUUCUUGAAGUAAUCGACGAGAUAUAAUGUAGGAACGGUGAUGAAAUGAGAUAAUAACAUAAUAGGUGGUAGACAUUUCAUAUUCUCAAUUUUUGUUUGAAUGCUUGGGUUAAAAUUUUGUUGUGACUUAGAAACUUGUCUACAUUGAUUUUAAUUUAAGCUUCUAUAAGAACAGGAAAUGUGCGACGCUGUUGACA